ACGUGUUGUUUAUUUGUCAAAAGUCAGAGACAGUCAAAGUCAGUCUUGUCUUCAGAUGAUACAAAAACAUUAACAUAACCUAAAAUUGUAAACUAAAAUAUUAAAAUAUAUUUCCAUUUAACAAGUUUCGCGAUGGAGUCUAGUGAUGAAGAAUCAACGAUCAGGAAGAAACGAAGAGCAAGUGAAGACAGUGAAGUACAAGACGAACAUGAUACACCAGUCAAAAAGAAAUUAAAAACAGAAAUAAAUACAACUACAGAAGAUAAUAUGGAUUCAGACUCAAGUAGUGAUUUUGAAAGGCCAAUGGAAAGAGCGGAAAGACAAAUGGAAUUUGGGGAUAUACUCAAAGAUUUUGAUGAUUUAAACGAACCAGCUUGUAUGGAUAGAAUACUCAUGUAUUUAGAAGAAAUCAAAGAUGAGGAUUAUUUUUUCAUGGAGUUAUUAGUAGACAAGUUAAAAGGAGAAACAAUAACAUGGGAACAACCAUGGUACCAACAGUCGAAAUCACUUUCGAGGCCAUUUAAAAAUGAUAAAAAUGAAAGCCACACUGAGCCUUAUAGAACAGACACAAUUUGCAAAGCUGAAAGUGAUUUGAUAGAAGACAACUGGCAUGAAUUCAAGAAGCUAUAUGAAGUUCCUGACAAGUUGAUAUGCUUGGCUCGCUGGAGAAAUAAAGAUAAAAGUAGACUACCUAACACACCUGAAGAGCAAGCAAGACGUUUUGUAGUUGCAUUUUUGGCGCGUGGCUUAAAAAGAACAAUAUACCAAGUGUUCAGGCAUAUUGUGACCCAUUAUGGCGGGGCUGUGAAAGGCCCUUACUCCUCAGAUGAAGAAAAGAUCAUGAAGGUCUGUUUCAAACACCAUCCUAACCAUGCAGUCACAUUAUUGUCAAUGGUUUUGAGUAGAGAACCCAGGGGAAUAUACAAAAGAUUGCAGCAAAUGUUCAGUGGAAAACCAGAAAAGAAGAAAAUUAAAUGGACAUUGUCACUAGCAACUAGAUUUGUGAAACUUUUGCUAAAGUACACGAAAUUGCCAUUAGAAGAAUUGAAAUAUAGGAAAAUUGACAAAGAUGUUUGGUUGAAACUGGAAAAGAAAUUUGAUCAACAUUAUGUACACUUGCAGACGUUUUGGUAUCAGAGUCUUCAUGUCCAGGUUUUUGUACAAGAACCUCUGAAAAUAAAUAAACUAAGAAAACGCGUAUUUAAAAGCCUUCUUGCGUCAUCUUAUCAAGUAUGGACAGACAUUCGAUGGAAAGAUCUAGUCAAGGAGUUUCCAGAUGGAAUAACACACAAGUUUUUAUAUGGUAUAUGUCGAAGCGUUGUAUGUAGAAUUCCGGGAUAUUUGAAGAAACCUCUACCUGAAGUUGUAGAAUAUGCAAUAGAUAGACUCAAGAAUCAUUCAUUUCGGAAACGUCGUUUGAAAACCUUACAAUUUGAUGAAAACGGAGAAUUAGAAAUAGCUAGAUACGAAUGAUAACAAAGUAUUAAGAUAUUAUAUCCAAUGUGAUAUUAUUUUAUUAAUCAACUUCCUUAUUAAUGUAAGUUACUGUUGGCUGAAUGUGCUUCCAAUUAUCACAAUGGCUAUAUUCUGGGGGCCUACUCUAAUUCAACGAACGAACGAAAAAGCUUUUCAGAUUGCAUACUACAAUAAAAUUCUAUUUAUUGCGAACUUUCGUGCGUGUCUCGACGUGCAGCGCUGCGCAGCGCAACGUCUCUGAAUUCUCACAAUUAAAUUUGUAUCGUUUCGUAUACCUAGUAAAUAAAGUAUUUUUUGGAUUCGCUCUAUGUAAAAUCUGCGCGCAGCGUCGCGUCGCGUCUCGGUGUGAGUUGCCCCUAAUUCUAUUAGUAAAUCAAUAAAAUGGCUGUAGGACCCAAGAUUAAACGAAACUUCGGAUUCGAGAACCGGAGUAGGCCCCUUGCUUUCGACAUUCGACAUGGAGGUCAUCAAACGUACAAUUAUAAGCAAAUAUCAAUGUAAUGCCAUUACUUUUGAGCAAAGUUAUUAUAUUUAAAGUAUCAAAAGACGUUUAUAUAGCCCAACCAACCACUUGUGCAGUAAUCGGAAAUAGUCUGUGAAAUCAAUUGAAAGGGCAUCUAGAGUUGAAUCAUAAGACUGUUGUAAUGUGUAUAAGAUGUUAAUAAAAAGAUAUACUUUUGUACCACAAAGAA